AUGGCCAGUGUCCACGCGUGCCUGCGCCAAUUUCGGUGCACAAAGCCCGCUCUGGGCUCGCAAUGGCUGCCCUCGGCCGCGAAGCGAGCCGCUCCCUCGACAUCCCUAGCCAUCAGAACGCUCACAACGACGACAGCGACGCCGGCCAACGACGACACGUCAAGCUUUGACAACAACAACAGCCUCAAGGCACAGCUCGAGGCGAUCCGGAUCCCGCACGUCGGUGUGGUCCACGCGCGGGCCGUACCCUCGACGCCGUCGUACUUUGCGCGGACGCCGCAGUUCAACGACCUGCACAUUCAGCUGGCGCGGCUGCUGGCGCGGUACAACCACCUUCCGACGGUGGCGUCGGCCGAGGCAGCACAGAUGCCGUGGCUGCGGCUUGAGGCCAUGCGGCACGAGCUCGGCGAGUCCAUCAAGGCGUCGCACUUUUCUCAGGUGAUGCGUGUCGUCCGCCGGCUGCACUGCAUCGAGCCCUCGUUGGCGCCGGCCGAGGUCGUUGCCGCCGUCGCGCGCUUCACCAAGCCCGUGAAUGCACUCCUCAACGUGGCCCGGCCGCGCCCCGUGGACCGCUUCGGCCGCGCCGUCGGUGUCGGCCGCAGGAAGACGUCGACGGCCCGCGCCUUCGUCGUCGAGGGCACCGGCGAGGUCCUCGUCAACGGCAAGACGCUCAACGAGGCCUUCGGCCGGGUACACGACCGGGAGAGCGCCAUCUGGGCGCUGCUCUCGACUGGUCGUCUCGACAAGUACAACAUCUGGGCGUUGGUGGAAGGAGGAGGGACCACAGGGCAGGCCGAGGCCAUGACCAUGGCCGUCGCCAAGGGUCUCUUAGCCCACGAGCCGGCUCUGAAGCCGGCUCUCCGUAAAGCCGGCUGCAUCACGCGUGAUCCCAGAAGGGUGGAGAGAAAGCUGCACGGCCACGUCAAGGCUCGCAAGAGCCCGGCCUGGGUCAAACGUUAA